AUGAUUUAUAUUCUUGCUCUUAUUCUUGUUUCUUCACCUAGAGAAACAGGAAGAUGUGAAAUUGAGGCAACCUUAGAGAGACUAAAGAAACUGGAGCGUGAUCUGAGCUUUAAAGAGCAGGAACUAAAGGAACGGGAGCGACGUUUGAGGAUGUGGGAGCAGAAGUUGACCGAACAGUCCAAUACUCCUUUGCUGCCCUCCUUUGAUAUUUGUGCAUGGACCGAAGAAGAUGUGUUUUUCUGGAUGCAACAACUUACUAGAAAAGGCGAUGCUUCUGGUGAAAUGAGUGUAUAUGCUAGCUUGUUUAAGGAACAUCACAUCACUGGGAAACGAUUGCUUCUUCUAGAAGAAGAGGAUUUAAAGGACAUGGGGAUUGUUUCCAGAGGACACAUCAUCCAUUUAAAGACUGCUAUUGAGAAGUUAACCCAUGACUACCUAAAUCUGUUUCAUUUUCCACCACUAAUUAAGGAUUCUGCAGGUGGAGCCGAAGAAAACAUAGAGAAAGUAGUGAAUCUUGAACUCGUUUUUGGUUAUCACUUGAAGCCGGGAAGUGGUCCAAAGGAUUGUAAAUGGAAAAUGUACAUGGAGAUGGACGGGGAUGAAAUUGCAAUAACCUACAUAAAAGAUGUGACAUUCAACACUAACCUACCUGAUGUAGAGAUUUUAAAGAUGACAAAGCCACCUUUUGUAAUGGAGAAAUGGAUUGUGGGGAUAGAAGACCACCAGUCUGUAGAAUGUGUUGUUACGUAUGAGAGUGACGUUAGAGCUCCCAAAACCACCAGGCACAUCCAAGCUAUCUGCUGGAGCAAGAUGAAAGCGCAGGACGAGGUCGAGACAGUACAGCUCAUGAUACAGACCUCACUCCCCAACUCAGAGGGGAAUUCAAGGAGCAGAUCCAACUCAAGCAUCGACAGCCAGUGGAUGCAGACGCUGCGGAUGCACCAAAUAGCGAAAGCCAUUUCCCUCCAGCAUGGCCACCCCCACAGCCCAACCACUGUCACCCACUACCUACCCUACCUUCGCAGCCAGGACUCCUACGCCGCUGCCGUGAGGAGGACACGCGGUCCUGUCAGUUACCAGUUCACGUCCAUCAGUCACUCCAGAAACUCCUCUCCCCUCUCGCACAGUUUGAUGAGAAACCUCUCGAAUAUGCACGUGAACUCAAAAGGCAGCAGCACCUCCAGCACGGCCUCCGACACCCCUUCGGAGAGGGACAGGUCGGCCGGCAAAGGCAGAAACGCCUCGCACAGCGGUAACUCCCGCAGCUCCUCGGACGGGCAGCGCAGCGGGACCAGCUCCCCGGUGCCCCCCCGGCACUCGGGAAGAGCCUGCAGGACUUCCUCGCCAGCAGCCCCCCUGGCCUCCCAGCACCGCAGGUACCCCCGCAGCCCCCCCCAGCCCACGGCCAUCCCGGGCAUGCCCCCGCAGGGCGAGAGCGAGCUCAGGAGGGGCGAAGGGGAGAGCAGAGUCAGCGAGGGGGGUUGGAUAAAGGUGCAGCAUGCAAAGAAGCCUCACAGGCAGACUGCCGGCAAGCCGGGGAAGGAGAGGCCCAGAGGGAGCUGGCGGGGCCGGAGGACGUUCUGA